UUUUUGCUUGCUUGCUUCUUAAGUAAAACCAAUCUAGUUUCUAGUUUCUUUCUGCAGCAAAGGAGGAAGGAACAAACAACAAAUUAAUCACACAGGAAGCGAAUAACCACAGGAGAACGGCUGCCUCUGACUCAGUAUGUCAUAUUUAAUAAGAGGCCAGAGCGUGUCCAAAAUGACUGUCCAAAAGCGACCCCGCAUUUGCCUUAGAAGAUGAUGCCUUUUUCAGGGACCGUUUUCUCUCAGGGUUCAUCUCUUCCUUGCUCUCUGUCUGCCUGUGUCCCUGAUCAUGCCUUCCUACAGUAUCCAUUAACGACUAAUCAGCAAGACUGUUGAAAGCUUAGCUGUCCAAGAUGCCCGUCCCUCCCCCUCCAGCACCCCCGCCGCCGCCCACGUUUGCUGUGGCCAAUACAGAAAAGCCUGCCUUGAAUAGGUCAGAGCUGGCUGGGAGGAAUGCUCUGCUCUCCGACAUCAGCAAAGGGAAGAAACUUAAGAAGACGGUCACCAAUGACAGAAGCGCACCGAUACUGGACAAACCUAAAGGAGCCGGAGCUGGUGGCGGCGGUGGCUUUGGCGGAGGCGGCGGAUUUGGCGGAGGAGGUGGCAGCGGAGGUGGCGGCGGUGGCAGCGGUGGUGGUGGCGGAAGCUUUGGAGGGGGUGGACCACCCGGUUUGGGGGGACUGUUCCAGGCUGGAAUGCCCAAGCUGAGAUCCACGGCCAACAGGGACAAUGAUUCUGGAGGAAGCCGACCCCCGAUUUUGCCGCCAGGAGCAAGAGGGCCUCUGCCUCCCCCGCCCAGUGAGCGCCCCCCGCCCCCCGUGAGGGACCCGCCGGGCCGAUCAGGCCCUCUCCCACCUCCUCCUCCAAUAAACAGAAAUGGCAGCACAUCUCGGGCCCUGCCUGCCACCCCGCAGUUGCCGUCCAGAGGAGUAGACAGUCCCAGAAGUGGGCCCCGGCCCCCGCCUCCUCCGGACAGGCCUGGUGCUGGGGUGCCUCCCCCACCUCCACCAUCAACAUCAAUUAGAAACGGCUUCCAAGACUCUUCAUGUGAAGAUGAGUGGGAAAGCAGAUUCAACUUCCAUCCGAUUUCUGACUUGCCACCUCCAGAGCCAUAUGUGCCAACAACCAAAAGUUAUCCCAGUAAAUUGGCAAGAAGUGAAAGCCGGAGUGGAUCCAACCGAAGAGAAAGGGGCGCCCCACCCCUUCCUCCCAUCCCAAGGUGAUCCUAGCCUGCUCUUCUCCACCCGAGCCCAAGAGCUACUUCUGUUGUUGCUAUCAAGAGUUGCACACCCUCCUCCCCUUGCCUUCCUUGUCCCUUUCAUACUGGGAGUAGGGAAGAAGGGAGGGUGAUGUGGGAAUAUGUGUGUGGGGGGGUGGGAAUGCAAUGAAUGCACCUAGAUUUUUAUCCUGUGUAUAUCCUCAAAGCUAUUGCUUGCUUCAGCUACAGCCCACCAGUGCUGACUGCUUGGGUUCAACUAGCUUUUAUGGCAAGUAGGCAGAGAUGAACUGUGUCCCAGCUUUCAACCAACCAGAUUCAAACAUUCACUGCAUGUUUGCUACAGAUAACGUUAAAGUCCCUGAGAGCUGCUUGCUUCCAUGCCAUUUUUGCGUGCUUGGCCUCCUGUCUGUUUCCAUGAACCACAUGUGGACCACCUACACAAGUUGCUGAGCAAGGGUGCACAUGACAUUUUUGUGGUUAUAGAUUAUAACCUUUGGCAGCCUGAGGUAGGCUCUAGGACAGACUGUCCAA